GAAGCUGCUAUGCUGGUUUACUUCCUAUGACAGCGGGCGAAAAUGAACGCAGCGAGUCUGUUUUUGCUCUCUUUUUCAGUCUAGCUCGUUGUGUUUUUCACACACUAAAGUGCAGUGAUAGUUGAACACUAUGGGUCUGUUAUCUGACCCGAACCGACGGAAGGCCCUCACCAGCCUCCUCACCCGCCUCAACACACCUAUAUGUGUGGUGUGCUAUUUGGCUGGAAUUGCCUGGUUCAUGGGCCUGGCGUUUGAACCCUUCACCCUGCGGACGUACAUGUCAGAGAACGCCAUGGGUUCCACCAUGGUGGAGGAACGGUUCCCAGCUGGAGAGAGAGCCUUGGCCACCGCAAGGGAGUUUGCAGCCCAUAAAAGAAAGGUUGGGGGAAUGCCAGUAGACUGGCUGGUGAAGACUAUGCAGGCCAGAGGGUUGGAAGUAUUCACCCAAAGCUUCUCCCGCACUCUGCCCUUUCCUGAUGAGAACAAGGAGCGAUAUAUGGUUCGAGGCACUAACGUUUAUGGGAUCUUGCGUGCUCCUCGAGCUCCACGAACAGAGGCUUUGGUGCUCAGUGCUCCCUGCAGUCCUGACAACAGCAACAAUCAGGCAGUGGGCCUUCUGCUGGGUUUGGCCCAGUAUUUUAGAAGUCAGAUUUACUGGGCAAAAGACAUCAUAUUCCUGGUGAACGAGCAUGAUCUUAUUGGCAUGCAGGCCUGGUUGGAGGGAUACCAUCACACCAACAUCACCGGAAUGGACUACACACCUCUGCAAGGCCGCGCUGGCUCCAUCCAGGCUGCACUCUCACUGGAGCUCAGCAGUGAUGUCAUCACCAGUCUGGACCUAGUUCUGGAAGGUCUUAAUGGGCAGCUCCCCAACCUGGAUUUGGCCAACCUCUUCCAUGCCUUUUGCCAGAAGAUAGGAGUGCUCUGCACCAUUCAGGGGAAGCUCCAGAGGAGUGACUGGGACACUGCAGAGGGCUACACCCACGCUGUCCAGACCAUGAUGCUGAUGGUGCUGAAGCAGGCCAGCGGGCGUCCCUGGGGUGACCACGGUCUCUUCCUCCGCUACCACAUCGAGGCUGCAUCACUCCACGGCAUCAACAGCUUCAGACAGUACAAGACUGACGCCACCACUAUCGGCAGGUUGUUGGAGGGAAUGUUCCGGAAGUUGAAUAAUCUCCUGGAGCGGCUUCAUCAGUCCUACUUCUUCUACCUGAUGCCGUCGCUCGCUCACUUCGUCUCCAUUGGCUACUACAUGCCUGCGUUUGGCCUGCUGGCCACCAUCCUGCUGCUACGAGCAUUGGACCUAUGGGUGCAGCUGGGGAGUCCAGCCCAAGUAACCGAGGAUGGAGCUGGCGAGGUGGAACCGCCUGCGAGUCCAGGGGUUCUGUCCGUGCUGACCCCGGUGGUGAUCAGUCACUUGACGGGCGUGGCUCUGUACACACUGCCGGUUCUGUCUCAAGAGACAGCAGUAGAGCAUUUCCCCGUGUCUGAAACAGAGGCUGUAGUUCUCACUGCUAUUGCCAUCUACACUGCAGGCCUGGCACUGCCCCACAACACCCACAGGUUUAUCUCCGGGGAAGGGACGGAGCAGGGCUGGAGGGUGCUGAAGCUGGUGGCUCUGCUGUACUUGGCUGUGCUGCUGGGCUGCACCGCUCUCAUCAACUUCUCCCUGGGCUUCAUCUUAGCCAUCACGCUGGUGCCUGCGGCCGCCUGCGUCACCCCACACCUGCCCAAGGCUCCGACUGCUUUGGCGAUGGUGCUGCUCAGUCCUGGCUGCACCAUCCUCUACUGCGUCUUCAUCUUCCAGGAGCUAAAGGAAGCACCCGUCACACUGCCGGAGGGCUGGAUGCUCUUCCUGUCCGUCAUCUCUCAGGGCAUCCUGGACCACGCCCUCUAUGGUUCACUGGUCUACCCCUUGUUGGCUCUGCUAAUUUACCCCUGCUGGCUGCUGCUCUGGAACAUUCUAUUCUGGAAGUAAUCCUGGGUCAGCUUUGCUCUGGACCAGCCCUCUCCCUCUACACCAGUGCCACCAUGUGCCAGCUAGAAAGAAAGAUCUUAGAAAAAGCAGGCAAGACUCAGCUUGGGAAAAGAGGAGGGGCUUAAAUGUGUAGUGGGUGUGGUCAGGAAUGUGGACGGGGCGGUGUUAACUCCUGCAGAUAAUUGAAAAUGGAAUUGGGCAAAAAGGGGAUUGUCGAGGAGGACAUUUCGUUUUGUUUUCAUAUUUCUUUUGGGAAAAGAAUACUAUAUUUUAAAAAGGUUGACACCAGUUUAGACUGUUCUAAACAGAAAGAUCAUCUUUUUGACACUGGAAAGUAGCUUAAGUAUGAUUUUGAAAUGAUGUAUUUAUCUCUGUAUGUACCACAUACCUGUGAACAGGUGAGCUGAGUACAGAUAUUGCAGAUGUACCCUGGAUGAAAUCUGUACAUAUGUGAAUAUAUCCAUAAUUCACCAGGUAGCUAAUACAUUGGGUACUUCACUAGUUUAAUAAAUUAAAGUGAAUGUUCAGGAAAAAGAACUGGCAGGCCGGGUGAACUGAAGUGAAUGGGAUAGAGCAUUAUAAAAACAGACACAUAUGGCACCGUGUUUGCUUGCUGUAGUCUUUAUUAGAGAAUUUUGACUCUGUGCAUUUUACUUUGUCUAAAUGUAUUUUUGUUGUGAAAAUAAUUACGACCUGAAAGUGCCAAUUAAUGAAGGGAUGCUGUCAUCUCAGAACAUCUUCCUCAUAGUGAACAUCGUCCAACUCACCCUUGGAAAAGGAGAAACCCUGAAUCUACUGUACUUAAUAGUUUUAUUAUUAUCAUACAUGUUUCGUUCUUAUUAAUAUCCUGUCAAAUCCCCUUUAAACAGUAAUAAAAUACACAGAACACAAAGGC